AUUUGGGGAUUUUGGGCCCCAAUCCCGCGUUUUUCCCGUUCCCAGAUCAUCCGAACCUUCCGGAUCGAGACCCGCAAAGCCUCCAAGGCCGUGGCCCGGCGCAAGAACUGGAAGAAAUUCGGGAAUUCCGAGUUCGACGCCCCCGGGCCCAACGUGGCCACGACGACCGUGAGCGACGACGUCUUCAUGACCUUCAUCACCAGCAAGGAGGACCUGAACUGCCAGGAGGAGGAGGACCCCAUGAACAAGCUGAAGGGACAGAAGAUCGUGUCCUGCCGCAUCUGCAAGGGCGACCACUGGACCACGCGCUGCCCCUACAAGGACACGCUGGGGCCCAUGCAGAAGGAGCUGGCCGAGCAGCUGGGGCUGUCCACGGGCGAGAAGGAGAAACUCCCGGGGGGUGAGAACCUGAAUCCCUGUUUUUUUGGGAAUUUUGGGGAUUUUUCCCGGUUUUUCCCUGGUUUUUAUGUGGUUCUGUCGCUGUGGUGGCCCCAAGGUCGCUGUGGUGGCCCCGGGCAGGAGGAGCUGGCCGAGCAGCUGGGGCUGUCCACGGGCGAGAAGGAGAAGCUCCCGGGGGCCCGUUUUUUCCCGUUUUCCCGUGUUUUGAGCCCGUUUUCCCCGCAGGGUUUCGCCUUCAUCAGUUUCCACCGGCGCGAGGACGCUGCCAGAGCCAUCGCCGGCGUCUCCGGCUUCGGCUACGACCACCUGAUCCUCAACGUGGAGUGGGCAAAGCCUUCGACCAACUGAGCCGGGUCUGGCGGAUCCCAGCGGAUCCCAACGGAUCCCAGCUCAUCCCAACGGAUCCCAACGGAUCCAAACGGAUCCCGACAGAUCCCAACGGAUCCCAACGGAUCCCAGCUCAUCCCAGUUUGGCUCCAGUGGAUCCCAGUUCAAUAAAAGCUCCACUUCCGCA